GGUGCAUCUCAGCGCGUUUUCGAGCUCUGCCGAUUAUUUAGGCGGCUCCCGUCGUCGUCUUCACUGCAUCGUUUAUUAACCUGGUGAGAGAGUGUCGUUUCAGGUCUCUUGUAGCCAUAUAUCUGAUUGUACUCCGUAUAUAAUCGUCUGAUACUCAUUCACCAUGGCAACGACUACAGAAAGCCAGUUCAAGAUCGGCGAUGCGAGCUUCUACACCAAGACAUGGACGCCGACGAGCGCCGUGGUAGCCAAGGUCAUCUUCGUCCACGGCUUCAGCGAGCACAUCAACCGCUACAACGACUUCUUCCCCAAGCUCGCCGAGCACGGCAUCCAGGUCUUCUCAUGGGACCAGCGCGGCUGGGGCCGCAGCGUGACGAAGCCCGCCGAGAAGGGCCUCACGGGUCCGACGUCGCGGGUCGUUGCCGACGUCGCCGCCUUUAUCCAGGACAAGCUGCCGUCGGACGUGCCCGUCUUCGUCAUGGGCCACUCCAUGGGCGGUGGUGAGAUCCUCAUGCUGGCUGGAGACGCGCAGUACAAGCAGCUGGUGAGCCAGAUCCGCGGUUGGGUCCUCGUGGCGCCCUUCAUUGGCUUCUCGCCAGCCGAGGUUCCAAGCUCGCUCAAGGUCUUCUUCGGACGACUAGUUGGACGCCUGUUGCCGCGGCAGCAGCUCAAGCAUGUUGUGCCUCCGGAGCACCUGAGCCGCAUCCCGGAGGUGGUUGAAUCCGUCAGGAACGAUGCGCUGUGCCACGAUACGGGCACGCUGGAGGGCUUGGCGUCAUUGCUGGAUCGUACGGCGACGCUGUCUGGGGGAGGGGUCAAGCUGGGGGCCGAUGUGCACUCCCUCCUGUUGACGCAUGGCACGAACGACUUGACGUGCAGCUAUGAUGCGGCCGUGAAGUUUAUGAAUGACCAGACGGCUGUUGAGGAUAAGGAGACCAAGUCAUAUGAAGGCGGGUAUCAUCAACUUCAUGCAGACCUCUGCAAGGACGAGUUGGCGAAGGAUGUGGUUGACUGGAUACUGAAGCGAUCCAAGAUAGAACCCAAGCUGUAAAAGGCGGGCGGUUUGGAUAAUAUGUAGUACUAUUUCAAGGUUUGUAUCAGGGCGUUUUUAUUUUUUAGAUUUAAAUACCUUAAUGGUAGUUGUUCACGUUGGUAUCGCUUAUCAUGCUCGGCAGGAUACUUACCCUUACGCUCUCUUGCAUAUACCUAGGGAUCAGCUAUUGGGGAUAUCAAGCUGUGA